AUGGGAAACAAACUGAUUUUUGGAGCCCUAUUAUGUCUGUGCCUUGUGAUACAAGCCACCAGCCACGUUGAGGACCCUCUGAUAAACCACUACGCUGAUUACGAAGCGGUUCAUCCCAGCGAAUACUACAGCUCAGACUUCGAACUCAAAGACGGAACCAACGUGAUCUUCGAAGCUAUCAACGAGCUGAAAGGGAUCAAGAAACCAAAAGCAGGGUUCCAGUGCAGCAUUGGUCGGAAACACUGGACUAGAUCUCUUCCAGGAGACGUCUUUUUCGCCAAGUUCUUCUUUUACUGUGUUAACCCGAACGCAAGGGUUGUUAACCGGUGCCAUUUCCGGUCUAGUUUGGGUUAUGUUAAUCUUGAUAUUGAGAUAACUCCUGCGCUUGGAAGUCGAUGUCCUGGUUAUAGAUGUGUUUUAGCGAUAAGGCGUGAAGGUCUUUUGAUGAAAGAUACAAAUGAGCUUUUUCCUUGGACUCCUUGGCCUCAUCGCCACACUCAACCUAAGUUGCCCAAAAUGAUCAACAAGUGA